AUGUCGUCAACAGGAUGCCCAGCAGCACCUAAGCGCCCGUUAUCGAUGUCCCUCAAUAAAUGGCCUAUGGGCUUAACAAUCAUCACAGUGCUCUCCAAGAUCGCAUCAGCAGCACUUAUCUUGCCAAUCUCGGAGGCCAUUGGACAACUGAAGUGGACUUGGUUCCAUGGGAAGAAAUCUAGGGACGUGUUCGACUUUGAAAUCUUUGAUAAAGCAUCACGCGGUGCAUGGGGCUCAGUCAUGCUCUUAUUCCGGACGAAGGGCAAGUCGCUUGCUGCUUUGGGUGCACUCUUGACAGUGCUCCUACUGGCAAUCGAUACCUUUUUCCAACAAGUGACUGAUUUUCCAGAACGCUGGCAGCCACGAGGGGAUAGCUUCAUUCCGCGCAUCGUUCGUUACGAACCAACCAUCGAAACUGCGUACGAUAAUCUCAGCGAUGUUCCAAUAGCACAAGUAAACGGCGAAUUAAGUAGGGUGAUAAAACCGUUUUUUUACGACAAGAACGGUACCCAGCCGAUUACGACCGGAAAUAGUACUCAGGCCGAGAUACCACUAAUUUGCCCUACUGGUAGAUGUGACUGGCCGGCUUAUGAGACCUUGUCAGUUUGUAGUGCUUGUGAGGAUGUAUCGAAUCUUCUCGAGUACGCCUGUCUCACGACGAGAAUGGACUGGAUGAAGAACUCUACUGGGCCAGGUACAGAGAGAACAUAUCCAAAUGGAACUGCUUGCGGUUUCUUCUUGAAUGCUACCAGCGAAGACCCGGUCCUAAUGUCGGGUUAUCGAGUGGGAAAUGGCACGCCAUCGUUGCAGGGAGAAACCCUUCUCAUGCGCACUCUACCGCUCAUCACAAACCCCUUAAGACAUCCCUUCUACGGCAGCGGAAGCAUCAAAUUCAAACACAUUCCAUACCCUAUCUUGGACGCUUUGAUUGUGAGCUCACCAGAUGGUUCAGUAGACAGCGUCUACGAGAAAAAGCCCCCGGUUGCUCAAGAAUGCGUACUUUCGUGGUGCGUCAAAAAGAUUCGCUCAUCCUAUGUAUCUGGGGGGUAUGAAGAGCAGAUAUUGGAGACUUUCGAGAACACGACCAGCGUUGAUUGGCCAUGGUGGUCCCAAGACUUGCCAGAGUUGGACAUGUUUGAGCUGGAGUUCAAGGCGAACAUUACCAUACAACCGCCAUGGAUGAACAACAGCAAGACCGCCUUUGGAGUCUCCAACGAAACAUUCAUGGACGUUGUCACAAUCAUGGACGAGGUUUUCCCUUCGUUCAUCACCGUGUCCAACGCAUCAGCGCCACCAUUCAUAAAAGUUCGGACAAGCUUCACAGACAAGGUUGUGUUUCGCCCUGUUCGCUUCAGCCCAUGGCUUGCUCCUAACAAUGUGGCUCACCAUCUGGAGCGGAUGGCUCAAGCCGUGACCAAUGCGAUCCGAUCCUAUCCUAGCGAUCAUGAGCUUAUUAAAGGCACUGCGUAUAUACGAGAGACGUACGUUGCAGUACAUUGGGCGUGGCUCACCUUCCCUCUCGCCAUGCUUCUCUUGAGUAUCGUGUUCCUGGCCGCCACUAUACUGAAGACUUCAAGCAAUACCCACAACGAAGUCGGAAUCUGGAAGACAUCUGCUCUCCCUUCUCUGGUGUACGGUUUGCCAAAGGAAAUGCAGAAGGAUCUCAUUUCAACGGCAGCUCCGGUGAGCUCAACAAGCAGAGGUCCGAAGAAGGUGCGGAUCAAGUUAUCUCCACAGCAAGGAUGGAGAGUCUCUGGUCAUGUUCAAGCCGGGCCAGCAGCACCACCCGGGUUCAUAUAG